GAGCCAGGGUUUGGUCCGAUAUCCUCUCCAUUGGCAGGUUUACCUCAAUUUUCCCACCCCGCUAUCGGCAACGUCCGUUAUUUUCCUCUGCUAGCGAUGACACCACUUUCCUCCUCUUUCCCCUCUCCAAUUUCCCUUCUCCAAGCUCCCUCUUCCCUCCCACGCCCACCUUUUCCCCGCCAGCCCCAGUUAGCGCUGCUAGUCCCUUGCUUAGGCCUUUGUCCGGCGAAUCGUCCUCCUGCACACGCAAUGGGCGCUGCGGCCGUCGAAUAACAGUUGCCGACGAAAAGUGACCGAUGAUAAGCCUCACAAAAGAUUUGCGUGCUCGGUUAUGACGGGAUUGUUGCUUCUGCCUAUGAGUUGAUUGAGCCUUUCCCCUUGCUGUGCUCUUUCUCUCCUCUCCCUCUCAUCACCCGUCUCACAAUGGAGCACUUCAUUGCGCCCUUUCAACAGGCGAUCGGGCCUGUGAUCGCUCAGCUUCCGGGAGAGAUCACUGAACAGGUCCCUGACCAUGGCCUUUCUCAGCGAAGUAUAUGGCAAAAUCGCACCCGGCGGGCGUCGGGUUUUAUAGCUACUGGGAACCUGCAUCUAGUCAUAUUACUGGCAUCGUGGGCAAUCGCUUUGUUUCCGAUACUCCUGCGGUUCCUCUGUCGGCUCUGUCGGCCCAAGUCGCGCGACAACCUCAAGUCCACAGCAGUAGACGGCCCGUCGGAGAUCCUGGUGCACCUGCCCUCCGCAUUCGUGCACCUGGCUGCUGCUCUCGCCGCCUGCUGUCUGAGCUGGCUCGACCUGCGGCACGGCGGGAGCUGGAAACGGUCUCUGCUGUUGACAUACGUGGUUUUGCUGGGCGUGGGCUAUAUCUGCUGCAAGAACAAGGGCUAUCGAACACACCUCUACCGGCACAUGAACGGCGUCGUGGUGACGGCUCUGGCGUUGGCCGUGGUGCAGGAUCUGGUGCCCAUGACGAUCGUCGACGCGACCUACCGGUCUAGCUCCGUUGGCGCUGGAAUUGUCGCUAGCUUGGCUGCUGUGGUUGUGAUCGCGCUCGGAGCCCCCCGUCCACGACGGCCGAUGAUCCGCGACGCGGAGAUCGAGCGCUCCGUGAAGGAGGAGAACGCGUCGCCGGAGGAGACGUGCUCCCUGUUCUCCUACUACUGCUCGUAUGAGUGGAUCACCUAUGUGAUCUUCCGGGGCUGUCGGCGGGAUCUGACCAUGGAUGAUCUCCCGCCUUUGCCGUCUUACGACGAACCUAUGAGAUGGCUGGAAAAGAUCAAGAGGCAGCGCCGCAAGGGCGGCAAGACCUUCCGCACGCUGUGCCGCUUGCUGAAGACCGAAAUCAACACUAUGAUGACUUGGUCGGCCAUGACGGCGGUGAUUGAUUUCAUGGCGCCGUAUUCGAUGCUGCGACUCCUGGCGUAUCUGGAGGAUCCGGACAGCGCGGUUUUCCACCCUGCGCUGUGGAUUGCGCUUUUGUUUGUUGGUCCGAUCACCCGCUCGCUGUGUUAUCAGCAGUACAUCUUCACCUCCACUCGUCUUGUUGUUCGGGUGAAUGUUUCCCUCGUUCAGGAGCUGUAUCAGACUGCGAUGCGCUCUUAUAUCUACGAUGGCUCUGUUGGCGAGCAUCACCAUCAUAAUCAUCAUAACAAGAAAAAAGAGAAAUCUCAGCACGGCGCAGGGCCAAAGGGGACGCCUGAAUCAAGCCAAGCGAAUUUGACGAGUUUGAUGUCGUACGAUGUCGACGCCAUCUACAACUCCCGUGAUAUUUUCUACCUGGCCACUGCAGGCCCGAUAUCCAUCACAUUGGCUCUGGUAUUUCUGUACCAGAUGCUUGGGUGGCCAUCGCUGUUUGGAGUCUUGACGUUGCUAUGCUUGUCACCCCUUCCUGCUCUGGCGUCACGGAAGGUAUCUCGCAUCCAACGCUCUGUUAUGCGGGCUACCGAUGCUCGGUUGUCCAAGAUCUCUGAAUACCUGAACUCGAUCCGGACUUUGAAGUACUUUGGUUGGGAACAUGCUGCCAUCGAUUCAAUCAAUAAUGUUCGUCGCGUGGAGCAACGCCGUCUGUGGUGGCGGAGUGUGUAUGCCGCGUUGAUCUCCAUGGCUGGAGAGCUGUUGCCGCUGCUGAGCUUACUGGUCAUGUUCUCGAUCUACAUACUGUUCACAGGUCAACCACUCCGCGCCCCUGUCGCUUUUACCUCCCUGUCGAUCAUGGAAACGCUGCGAGUCUUGUUUGUCUGGCUUUCGAACGUCAGCAGAUACACCGCGCAGGGUUCGGAGUCACUCCGCCGCAUUGACAACUUUCUCGAGACAGCGGGCGAGAUCAAACGGCACCCCGAGGGUCCGCUGGAAUUGAUCAAUGCGACUUUCAAACCAUCGCCUGUCGCCGCUUUCAGGCUGCAGGAUGUGACCAUCAGAUUCAAGCCUAAUUCGCUCAACGUCGUGACCGGCCCUACGGGAAGUGGGAAGACGACUGUGCUGCUCUCUUGUCUGGGCGAGACCGUCCUGGAGUCAGGCACUGCAUACUGUCCCCAGGACGUUGCAUAUGUUCCACAAGCUCCUUGGCUCCAGAACGAUACGAUCCGUCAGAACAUCGUUUUCUACAGCCCAUUCGACGAGACUAGGUAUGCCACGGUUGUUGAGGCAAGUGGCCUGGCGCAGGAUCUGAGACAGCUCCCCGCCGGUGACAUGACCCGUGUAGGAGAGAAGGGUACAUCUCUGUCGGGGGGUCAGAAGCAACGAGUGUCUUUUGCGCGGGCCUUGUAUUCGUCAUCCUCGACAUUACUGCUGGAUGAUAUCUUCUCCGCCCUUGAUACCCACACUGCUAGUCUCGUGUACGACAAGUCUUUCCGCAGUGGAUUGCUUAAGGAUAGGACUGUCGUUCUGGUCACUCACUACCCCGCUGCUCUGCAAGAUGCAGAGUCCAUUGUUCGCCUUGAACACGGCAAUCUGGUCCCCGUACAAGCGCUUCCGAGGACGCUCACGCCGGUCCUUGCGUCGCCGUCGGGCUGCAGCACGCCUGGCAGUGAGCCGGAUUUUAGUACAAUUGGGAACGAGCCGGUGGUAGAGCAGCCCUUGAACUCGGCGGAUCUUCCGGUGCCCCCUGUUCCUCCUGUAGCAGAACAGAAGACUGCGCAAGGAAGAAUUGUUGAAGAAACCUCUUCUACCGGACGUGUCCCGCGCACACUAAUGUUCAGCUAUAUGCGUCUGUUUGGCGGCGUCGGCUACGCCCCUCUUGUCAUUCUGGCAACUAUCUCGGUCCAAUUUGCCUACUUUUCCAUCACGUACUGGCUCUCUAUAUGGACAGGGGCGUACGAGGAACAGGAACAUGUCGACACUCUGUUCUAUCUGGGGAUCUAUGCGGCCGCUAUCUUUACUUUCCUCUUCUUGCAGGUCUGCAACAAUCUUAUAUACCAGUAUGGCAGCUGGGUAGCCGCCAAGACCAUGCAUCAAAGGCUGGUGACCGCCGUGCUGUCAGCACCCAUUUCUUGGUUUGAUCAGAACCCUAUCGGACGAGCCAUCAAUCGAUUCGGAAACGACACCCGGUCGAUGGACACGAUCCUGGUCGAGUGGCUGCGGAUGUCCAUCGAGAACGCACUGCGGUUCCUGCUUCGCAUUGCCAGCGUCGCCUCCAUCAUGCCGAUUUUCGCGCUCCCCGCCGCGAUCAUCUGCUCCGCGGGCUUCAUCAUGGGCGAGAUGUACACGCGCGCCCAGGUGUCCAUCAAGCGGCUUCGCUCCAUCAGCUACUCACCUGUUUUCUCACACUUCACCGACUCCAUCUCUGGUCUGAGCGUGAUCCGUGCCCGUACUGGUAUGGACCAGGUCUUCCAGGCCAUGCUCGCUGAAAAGCUAGCCGUGCACUCGCGCACCGCCGAGGCGCAGUACAACUGCAACCGCUGGGUUUCCGUCCGGUCUGACUUCUGCGCGGCCUCUGUCUCUGCCGCAGCCGGCUGCGUCGCCUACUUUUGGUCUGGCUCGGCCGGCCUCGUGGGCUUCUCACUGACCAACGCCAUCGGCCUCAGCCAGACGAUCCUCACCUUAGUCCGGACCAUGAAUGAACUGGAAAUCGAGCUUAACUCCUUCCAGCGCAUGAAGGAAUACGCCGAGAUCGAGCCCGAGGAGAGGCUCACCAAGGAAGAGUACCACAAGGCGCUGACUACCCUCCCCGCUAGCUGGCCUACCUCCGGCCGCGUGGAGUUCUCCAACGUCACCGCGCGCUACCAGCCCGACGGCCCUGACGUCCUCCGCGGGGUCUCUUUCGUCGCCCACCCGGGCGAACGCAUCGGCAUCGUCGGCCGCACCGGAAGCGGCAAGAGUACCCUGGGACUGUCCCUGCUGCGGUUCGUCGACCUCGUCGGCGGCACCAUCACCAUCGACAGGGUCGACGUCAGUCGGAUCCUGCUGAACCGCCUCCGCACCAGCGUCACCCUGAUCCCGCAGGAACCCGUCCUCUUCUCCGGGACCGUCCAGUCGAACCUGGACCCCUUCGGCGAGUCCAGCGAAUCCGAACUCCAGUCUGCUUUAUCGGCUUGCACCUCCUCGAUUCACGUCCCCGUCCCCGUGCCUGACCACGUGCAUGCACACCCUUCCUCGUCAACCGAAGAGGGUAUCCCCAGCAAACCCACCCGCCGCCCCCUCACCCUCGACACCCCCGUCGCCGCCAACGGCGAGAACUUCAGCCAGGGCCAGCGCCAGGUGCUGAGCCUCUCGCGCGCCCUCUGCCGGCGCUCGAAGGUCGUGCUCCUCGACGAGGCGACGGCCUCCGUCGACCAUGAGACGGACAUGCAUAUGCAGCAGGUGCUGCGCGAGAUGUUCUCGGACUGCACGAUCAUCGCGAUUGCGCAUCGCUUGCGGACGAUCAUGGAUUACGAUCGCGUGUUGGUGAUGGCUGGUGGGGAGAUUGUUGAGAACGAUUCGCCGCGUAACCUCGUGGCCAAGCAGGGGGUCUUUUGGAAUAUGCUGCGGAAUACGGGCGAGUAUGACGAGUUGGUUGAGAUGAUUGGGGAGGGGGAGGGAGAGGGGAGAUGAAUAUUGGCGUUGGGGGUGGAUGGACGGGUAUAUAUUUAGUAUACUUGGUGAUCAUGAUGACGAUGAUGAUUAUGAUAGAUGAUUUAGAUGGAUUUUUCUGUUCUUUUUUGUGUUGUUCUUGGGUCGGGUAUAUACAAAUGUUUGUUUGAUGCAUAAGGAAGGCUGGAGUAUAGAGAGAGGCUUGUAAAGGAAGUGAAGAGAGCUAGAUCUUGGAUGCAUGCUCUCGUUAGAAGUUGAUAUGUCAAUGGCCUUCUUCCACCAUGCGGGCACCAUCACGGAUACUUGAUGCAGUGCGAGCUCACUGACUGGCCUCCGGAAAUCCCAACUAAGGCGUGCUAUUCCAGCUGCGCAGCAGUCCAUGUCGACCUCAUACUGAUGCCGUAAUACCGCCAUUCUCACGC